GGCGGACAGAGAGAGAGGCAAAGCGGGUACUGUGAACUGUCUUUUAUACUAUUGCUCUGAGGACGCGCACUGUCUCCCUCCUUUAGCACCGCUCUUGACACUCUCCGAGGACGCAGUAGUAUAAUCGUGCCAGUAGGCUAGGCUUCCUCUGGUCUCCAAGAAGAGCAAAAAAAAAAAACCCACUGUAGAGCGGGCAAGGCUAGCCUCAUGAGUCGGCCUGGUGGAUUUCCAUCAUGGAUUUAACAAAGAUGGGCAUGAUCCAGCUGCAGAACCCCAACCACCCAACGGCACUCCUCCACAAGGCUAACCAGAUGCGCCUGGCGGGGACGCUGUGUGACGUGGUCAUCAUGGUGGACAGCCAGGAGUUCCACGCCCACCGGACCGUGCUGGCGUGCACCAGCAAGAUGUUUGAGAUCCUUUUCCACCGCAACAGCCAGCACUACACCUUGGACUUUCUCUCGCCAAAGACCUUUCAGCAGAUUUUGGACUAUGCUUACACUGCCACGCUCCAGGCCAAGGUGGAGGACCUGGACGACUUGUUAUACGCAGCAGAGAUCCUGGAGAUUGAGUAUUUGGAGGAGCAAUGCCUCAAGAUCCUGGAGACCAUCCAGUCGUCAGACGAGAACGACGUGGAGGUGGGUGUCAAUGACGGCAGCACGGAGGAGGACGAUGAGCGCAAAGGCCACAAUGGAGUCAAGAACUCCAAAAAGCAUUCCAUGGACAGUCUCUACCUGUCAGGUACAGAGCAAGUCUCAACCAUGUCCAGCAUGGUAGACCAGAGUCCCUCCGUCUCCACAUCCUUUGGCGUCUCCAGUCUGAGCCCCACCAAAGCCGCCGUGGACAGCCUGAUGAGUAUCGGCCAGUCCCUGCUCCAGCAAGGCUUCGUGGGUGAUCACGUCAACGCCCACCACCUCAUGAGCGAGAUCAAGACGGAAAUGAUGCAGGUGGACAUGGGUGGCAACGGCCACGAGAGCCCUCACAACAUGGAGUCCGGCGGCUCCAGCAACGGCGAGAGAAGCGGGGAGGACAGGAACCGGGACGGACCGGGAACACCCACCAGGAGCAGUGUCAUCACCAGUGCCCGCGAGCUCCAUUACGUCCGCGACGACGGCAUGGGCGACUCUCAAGCAGAAGUCAGCCAGAUGGGUCUGGAAGCUAUGGCCGGGAUGGCGGAGAAACACCUGGCUUCGCUCUACUCCCUCCCUGUCAAUCAUAAAUCCGACGCCAUCAUGUCCAUGCCGGUCUCCAUGGCCUCCGCUCUCCCAAUGUCACCAGCUUUGGCCAUGUCUGUGGACUUCAGCGCCUACGGCGGACUCCUGCCUCAGAGCUUCAUCCAGAGGGAGUUCUUCAGCAAGCUUGGCGAGCUGGCGGUGGGCAUGAAACCCGACGGGAGGAACCAGCAUGAGCGCUGCAACGUUUGCGGUGCAGAACUUCCGGAUAACGAGGCUGUGGAGCAGCACAGGAAGAUGCACAGCGGGAUGAAGACCUACGGCUGUGAGCUGUGCGGGAAGAGCUUCCUGGACAGCCUCCGUCUGCGCAUGCAUCUGCUGUCUCAUUCAGCUGGCGAGAAGGCCAUUGUAUGUGACCAGUGUGGUGCCCAGUUCCAGACUGAGGAGUCCCUGGAGGCUCACCGGCAGAUCCACACCGGAUCAGACAUGGCCAUCUUCUGCCUGCUCUGCGGGAAGCGUUUCCAGACCCAGACGGCACUGCAGCAGCACAUGGAGGUCCACGCCGGCGUUCGCAGCUACAUCUGCAGCGAAUGCAACCGGACCUUCCCGAGCCACACUGCUCUGAAACGCCACCUACGCUCACAUACAGCCGGGGACCACCCAUUCGAGUGUGAGUUCUGCGGGAGCUGCUUCCGCGACGAGAGCACGUUGAAGGGCCACAAACGCAUCCACACCGGCGAGAAGCCCUACGAAUGUAACGGCUGCGGCAAGAAGUUCAGCCUCAAGCACCAGCUGGAGACCCACUACCGCGUGCACACAGGUGAGAAGCCAUUUGAGUGCAAGCUGUGCCACCAGCGAUCCAGGGACUACUCGGCCAUGAUCAAGCACCUGCGCACCCACAACGGCGCCUCACCCUACCAAUGCACCAUCUGCCUGGAGUACUGCCCCAGCCUGUCAGCCAUGCAGAAGCACAUGAAGGGCCACAAGCCUGAAGACAUCCCCCCUGACUGGCGCAUAGAGAAGACCUACCUGUACCUCUGCUAUGUCUGAGACAGGCGUGGUGUGGUGGUCGGAGAAAAGAGGAGGCGGGGGGGCUUUGAUGGAGGAAGGAGAAUGUAAUGAGGCGUUAGGGGUAUGUUGACGACGUUGGCGUCAAAAGACUUUUCUUACGAAAAAGGCAAGGGUGGUCAGAGAGUCGUGUCCACCGUGUAGUUCGGAAUCACCGGGUCAUCGCCCCACCUUGUGUUACUGUGUUAUUAUUUCAGGUUGCUGAGCGGCAGGGAAGUGUUGCUGCUAGCGGUGUUGACAGAUUCUCAAGGGCUAUCUGAAUCUCCACUGAACGAAAUCUGGCAGUGGAGGUUGUCGAUUUCAUCGUUGUUGUAAUCGUAGUUGGUUGUUUAGUUUACCAGUCACACGAAGACGUGAACGGAGGUUUAAAAAAAAGUUCAUCACAGCGAUGGAUCACUUUGUGUUUCCUAGUAGUUGCAGUGAGCAACUAAGAAUGUCCCUCAGUAAAGUACCGAAACCUUCGCCAAGGCCGAGUCAUCCUGAGUUGUAUACUUUCUAAAACAGACAAGGAGAAUUUAAAGAAAAGCUCCAAAAUACUGUAGUACAAGUAAAAGCAAUAGUCAAAAGUUUGCGGACACUUUCUCAUACAAAAAAUGUAUAUUCCUCGCUCCAUGCUCGGCCCCUCCACAGUUUUGUAGCCGUGUGUUAUACGCUAACAAACAGUAGUGCAUUCAUGCGCUAUUCACUGAAGCAUCGAAGGAAAAGUGUCCCGACAACAAUCUCUGGAUACGCCGUCUUCUGCGUAUUUGCACUGCAAUCCGACUGGUUCUUCCUUGACCGAUGUCCCGCCGAUAUGCAAUGCUUGGUCAAAAUCUGUGAAGUAUUUUUUGCAAAGUUAGUGGUCACUCUGAAACGCUUGAAUUUUGAAUUGUGGCACUUCCUGUUUCUGUUAAAAGAUAAUUGCAGCAUCCUUUGUGGAAGUUACUACAUUGUCACGCAGUCAAAGGCGGACCUCCACCAAGGCCGAACAACCUGUGAUUAAUUCAGUGAUUAAGAAGGAAAAUGUGGAACAGAGCCCUUACAACAAGACUUCCUGGAUGAACUCCUUUAUUUGUGUCCGUACCAAAAUUGAAUUGGUUCUUCCUUGACCCACGUCCCACCUUCACACAAAGUUUUGCAGAAAUCGAUAAAGUAGUUUUUGUGUGUCGAAAAAAAGAAAAGGUGCAUAUAAACUAAUAGCACUUCCUGUUCCUCUUCUGUUAGAACGUAACCUCAACCUCCUUGGUGGACUAGAAUGCCAGUCUCUCGAGUGCAGACCUCCGCCAAGGCCAAGCUGGGAUUCAGUUGUAUGUCUUACAUACGUUUGAAGUUUUUCAUGAAGACUCUUGCACGGUUGCCAAGGUGACAAUGAAAGAAAAUGUGUAAGUGCCCUUAUGACCAAAAUAUUCGCACCUAAAUUGAACAGAUUCUUCCUUGACUUAUAAACGACUAAUAAACUUUGAGUAAAGGUGUCCACUUUAGCAAUUUUUCCAUUGCUAAAGUAGUUUUGUGUAGUUUACAACCGCGCAUAUAAACGGCUGAAAGUUCCUCGUUCGUUCAUGUUAAAACCUCCUUGGUGGCGGCCACUCAGACACCUCCGCCAAGGCCAAAUGAUCCGAAUGUGUAUAAAAUUGUUCUUAUCGUUCGUACGCCAGAAUUUCAUCAGUAAGACAGAAAAACGGAAAAUGACUAAAAGUGCCCUUACAGCAAGAAUUCUUUUAUCUAUACCAAAAUUGAGUUGCUUCGUCUUUGACCUUUUAUGCAAAGUUUUGUGGAAAGCAGUGAUGUCGUUUUUGCAUGGCGUAAGUAAAGUUCCUGUUCUGCUUGGUUUGAAACGUAACCUCAGCCUCCUUAAUGGACAUCACUCGUAUGCCAAGGCCAAAGUUGGGUCAAAUUGUACAUCUUAGUACGAUCGUUAAAAUUCUUGAUUGACUAGACUAGGCGAUUAAGAAGGAAAAUGUCUAAAAGUGCCCUUACAACAAGGAUUUAUUUGCCCGUGUACACACCAAAAUUGAAUUGGUUCUUCCUUCACCUACGUCGACCUUUACCAGGUUUUGUUAAAAUCACUGAAGUAGUUUUUUGCGUAGCGCAUAUAAACAGAUUCAAGUUCCUGUUCAUGUUCAAACUUUUGAACCAGAACCUCCCUGAAGGGAGUGUCACUCCAACCAAUUGAUUUGGACCAUGGACCUCCGCCAAGGCUGAUUUGGAUCAAAUUGUAUUUCUUAUCAUCUUCUGAUUGUUAGAAUCCUUGCAUGAGUCACUAAACUCCAUGAUUAAAAAGGAAAAUGUCUAAAAGUGCCCUUACAACAACAACACUCUUAUCCGUAUCUUCACCAAAAUCGAAUGGGUUCUUCCUUGAAAAAUGUCGUGAAAAUUCACAGUCACAAACUUGAAUGAAACCAAGUAGAUCUUCCCAGUUUUCCUCGUUAUUCCGAGAUAGCCCCUGAGAAUCGGCAGUAGAGGCGGUGGGAAUAUGCAGUAUAGUCAAUGAACUUGUUUGGUUGAUUGUUGGGGGGGAGCUUGUGCUGCUUUGUUUGCCCCCUCCCUCCACACACACACACACACACACACACAUUCACGGUCUUCCCGGUACUGUGAGGUACCCCCUCCCUCAAGGAGGCCAAAGGCUGACUUAUAUAUUUUGCGCUCCGCCGUUAUCAUAGUUCAUCAUAUCAUAGCUUCAUUGCACAGGUGACGACAAGCUACGACAACAGUUUCUGUUUGAUGUAUUACUACAGGACGCCACGUUCAUUAAUUGCAGCAAUACGCAACCGGGCCGCUCCGUUUAUACUCUCAUUAUCUCACACUAACCGCCACACGCUGUGGCUGCAUGGACGGGGAAAGACGAUAAGGAAAAGCAAACAAAAACGGCUGCUCUCGAAGUCGUGAAUGUCGGAAGGGGACGCCGUAGAAGAGGUGUUUUCGAGGCCACGUGAAUGUGAAAAGACUCGCACGCUGCCGGACUGGUGUCGGUGCAGGAAGCAGGGAUUCCCGAUUGGAUGAAUACGACAACAGAUAAAUCAACUCUUUCUCUGUGGUUUCAUCUCCUGUUCUUGUUGUUGUUUUGUUGAGCGUGAAGUCGAACACGUCGUACUUGAAUUACCUCAUUUUGUGACCUCAUCUUUUUGUUUUUAAUUCCCACCUUUUCUUGAGUCGGAAAGAUGCAUUGCACAGCGUGAUUAUUUGUGCUCAGACACAAAUUUUAAAGUGCCGCAGUGAUGAGAUUUUAUUUGUUAAUGUGUUUUUUUUUUGUGCAUUAUUACCAAACUUUGUAUUAUUCUUGUUAUUAUUAACCCUGCUUGUUAACGAGCCGGAAGGUUUUGUUUUUGUGUUUUUUUGUUCUCAAAAAGCUACCUCUCUAAGUUCAUGUUUUGGCAAAAAGCACAUUUUCUUUUUCUUUUUUUUGGCAUAUUUCAUCAUUGCUACUUCAUCUCAUGCAUUUUUUUUUCCUCAGAAAGUUGAUUUAUAUGAUUUUCAAAGUGUACAUAAAAGGUGACAACGGUAGAGGUGCGUGGGUUUUGGGGCGGGGGAGAAAAAAGUAGAAAAAAUGUUUUUGAAGCCUUAAGUGACAAGCAAAGAGCCGACAAAGAGGAAGAAAGAAGCACUGUUGCUUGUUCUAAGGGGGUUCCCAAACCAACAACACAUUGAAACUUGAACAUAUGUGAAUAGAGUUUUGUAAUGUGAAGGUGCUGGAUCGAGGUCGGUCAUCGUUUUUUUGCAGAGCGCGACGGACAAUUGGAUGUUGAGUAAUCAUCCAAACAAAAGAAAACAAAAAAGAGCCAACAGAGGCAAUUUGAUAUAAAAGAAAUUGUGAUAUUUUUGUAUUGCGUGUCAGUCCUUUUUUUUUUGUGGAGGGUUAAAGCAGGGCACAAAUAUUUGUAUUUUUGUUGGUUGUUUUUUUGGUGUCUUUCUCUGGGUGUGAAUCGUCUUUUGGCCUUGCUCCUCUUUGAUAUCGUGUGAACAUAUUGUAAUAAUAAUAAGAAGAAUAAUAAUAAGUGUUGCUUUCUGGAUGUCAGCAUUUGUAGGUGAAGGAUGAAAUUGAACCACCACCUUUUUUUAUUAUUGUUAUAAUUUUGUCGUUGUUUAUGUGGCAAAGAAGAGACAAAAAAAAAGCCGACCGAUGAUUCACCGUUUUCUCAAUCAAACUUGAUCGCGGCCGUAUUAUUUUUGUUGUUUUUGUACUUGAAGUUAAAAAAAAAAGAAGGGAUGGUGGCACGUCCUUGGUGUCCUGCCAUUUGAUUCUCUCUAACACUGUGAGCUGAAGGGGGCGGGGCUUUUUCGCCAUAACUCCACCCACCAAUACAAUAAGAAAUAAGAGUCAGACACUCCCAUAAUGCAACACUCUCCCCGUCGGUCACGUGACCUCCACCCCCUUAACCCGGUCAUCGUCCUCUGAAUGUUUUCUACGUUUUUUGUGUGGGUUAACGAGUGUGUGUGUGUGUGUGUGUGUGUGUGUGUGUGUGUGUGUGUGUGUUAGUGGAAAAAUGCACUAAUCAGAAAUAAAAUUCUAUUCUAUGCCACUGUUUUUUUCUCUAUGUUGGUAAAAAUAUAUAUAAACACGUCAGCAGUGAUAUAGUUCUUCCCCCUCAGUGUUUCUCUUGUGUGCCUAAAAAGUAUCCGCUUGUAUUUUCAGAUGAACAUUUUGCAAAAAAAAACAAUAAAAAGCCAGCACCCAUGGGAUGUCAUGACACCGAAUAUGACUUUUUUUUUUUUAAUCCACUGUUAGAGGGCUGUUGAUUGAGAAUUGUUUUUAAUGUUUAAAUAUCCAGAAUGAGAGGGCUCUUGAUGCUAUUGACAUUUGAGAUUUUUUGCUAUUGAGAUUUUGAUAAUCGGCAACAGGUUUGCUGUCUAACAAUAUUACGCUUGAGCAAGCUAAAAAAAAAAAAAAGAAAAAAAAAUCGGACACAUUUUGUGCCCUUGCUUCAGUACUUUUUAGUUGUUUUUUUUGUUUGUUUCUUUGUUUUUGUUUUUUUUUACCUUUUAUGUUUCCUACAUGAUGCAUUUAGGGUGUGUGGGACAAGAGGGACUCAUGGCAUCCCUUGAGCUGGCACUGUUGUGUUAUUUCAGUGAUGGUGGGGUUUUUUUCCUCCAGAUAAGUCGCCAUUUCACAUGCCAUUGAGGUUUAGAUGUAAAGAUACGAGAAAGAAAGCACGGAGUAUUUUUGUAAUCUUAGCACUGAGGACCAACAACUUUGCCCUGUCGGACCAAGCGUAACGAAGCUUUUAAACGUGACAAAGCUUUUCUUUCCCCUCUCUUUCUCUGUCGUCUUUGGCUUGUCUGUGCUACUUCUCUCCUACAUUGUGGUCAUGGAACAAGUUGCUCUGUAUUAUUAAGAAAUGUAAGAAAGAUAGAGUUUUUGUGUGUUUUUUUUUGUUAUUAUGAUGAUGAUUUGAAUUGUUAUAGUUUUUGUCUACCUCAGCACCUAAUCUUAGCCUAAUCUUAGAAGGUGCCCAAUUAUUAUUUUUGAAAUUAGUUCUCUUAUUGUUCUUAUAUUUUUGGGG